AUGAACAUCCGAUGUGCUCGUGUCGAUGAUUUGAUGAGCAUGCAAAACGCUAAUCUGAUGUGCCUCCCAGAAAAUUACCAAAUGAAGUACUACUUUUAUCACGCACUUUCAUGGCCACAGCUUUCUUACAUCGCCGAAGAUCACAAGGGAAAUGUUGUCGGAUACGUGCUCGCCAAGAUGGAGGAAGAUCCUGGAGAGGAGCCACAUGGACACAUCACCUCUUUGGCAGUCAAAAGAUCAUACAGACGUUUGGGGCUUGCCAACAAGAUGAUGGAUCAAACAGCAAGAGCUAUGGUUGAAACGUACAAUGCUAAAUUCGUCUCUCUCCACGUCCGUGUUUCCAAUCGCGCAGCUUUGAAUCUCUACAAAAACACGUUGAAGUUCGAAAUCGUUGAUACUGAGCCGAAAUAUUAUGCUGAUGGGGAAGAUGCUUAUGCAAUGCGUCGUGAUCUUGCCAAAUGGGCCGAAGAACGAGACAUUGAGCCGGCUGAUAAAGAAGCAUAUGCAGUGUCGAAAAACAGCGACGAUAAAAAGAAGCAGCGCCACUGA